GUGGUUCGGUGCAAUAUAUCCGCCGCUGCACCUCCGACUCUCACUAUUCGCCGUGUGUGUGUGCGUGCUCGUUUUCUGCUCCCUUGGCUUCACUCCUGGCAGCUACCAACCGUCAACAUGGCAGUUUAAAGGCGGGUGGCGGCAAACAUCGCAGCGGCAACAAACGGGCAGGGCGUCGGCGAAUUGCACUGGCGAUUUCUGGCAAAAUGGCGUCUCUUCUGGCAACCUCCCUCAGCUUUGCUGCAGACGACAGCAGUACCCAACGUCUCGACUCCCGAAGCGACGCGCACUCCGUUUUCCCCGCCUUAGCGUUGACCGCAAGCGACGACAGCCAUGAUUCUGGCAUUGGAGGCCGUGGAGGCCCUGUGCUCAGGGCCCUCAUUUCUGAUGGCUGACACAAUGGGGCCCCUUCUGGACCAAGAUGAAGAGGAAGCGCUUUCACCCUCCUCCUCGCUGGUGGGCGAGGUCCCGGCCUCGCCACUCCUCUCCCCGUCCCCCGACCGUACCUUGGUGUCGCCCGUGUCCCCUCCUCCCGGCCACCCCUCCCCUUCUUUGCCCUCCUUUGGGGAAGCCAAGGCAGGCUCCGAUGUGAGCGCUCUGCCCUGGCUGGCUCCCGGCGACCUGCUCCACGCCCACGUGGAAGCGGACCCCAUCCAAGACGACGCUUUCGCGGGGAUGGACUGGAUGUCGGAGAAGAUCGACCUCAGCGACUUCGACCUGGAGUCUCUAAUGGGUUCCUGCUCGUCGGACGAGUCCCCCGCUUCCCCAGGGGACCUCCUGGCCUCCCUCCACUGCCACAUGGAUCUGGACCUGGAGCCUUUCGGCGUGGCCCCCCCUGAAGUCGGGCCUCCGGAGGCGGAGCUGCCCGCUGUUCGCACGGCGGCGGUCAUGAAGUCCGAGCCCUGCUCCCCGGCCCCGCCUCCCUCACCGGUAUUCUCGGAGAGCGAGACCGACACCAAGUCGCCUCUCGCCGCCAUCCUAUCCGAUCGUGAGCUCCUGCCGGAGGAGGUCUUCGUCAAGGCCUCGUCGUCACCAUCCGGCGACAGCGACUCUGGCAUCGAGUCUUCCGCCAGCUCCCCGCACGCCAAACCCUAUGCCAGACCCCAACUCCCUUCCGCUUCCUCCUCGCUGUCCCCGAAAUCCAAGGUGAAGUCGUCGUCCGGUGCCCCCAAAGUGGUAGAGAAGAAGCUGAAAAAGAUGGAGCAGAACAAGACGGCGGCCACGCGCUACCGCCAGAAGAAGCGCGUGGAGCAGGAACAGCUGAACGUGGAGCGCGAGGCCUUGGAGGCCAGGAACCGAGAGCUGGCCGAGCGAGCCGACGCCAUCAGCCGCGAGAUCCAGUACCUGAAGGACCUGAUGGAGGAGGUCCGCAAGCACCACCACGGAAAGACGAGAGCGGGUGCCAAAUAAGAAGAAAAUGACAAGGCGGUCUGACCAAUCAUCUGGAUGUGCUUGCGUCUCAAAGUCCUCUGUUGAGUCCGCCGCAAAAUUGGACUUUGGGGUGAAAUGUUCAGGAUGAGAAGGUCGAAAUGAAGGUCAAGUCUGUAAUUUGAUCCUGAAAUUUCACCCCAAAGUCCAACAUCAUGAAUUUGUUGUGCGAAGAGUAACGAAAAUCAUAAUCCCUCAUUAAAACCCUUGAAUCUGUCUAGUCACCAUAGCGACCUUCCUCUGGUUCAGAAAAGGGCCUCUUAAGUUUAUUUGAGUUUUCUUAAGGCCCGUGCGUGCGUGUGUGUGUGUGUACAUAUUUCUUAGCUUUAAAACGCAACGUAGGCGGUCUUUUAGUGUGUAUUUAAUGUGACGUGUUCCUGUAGUUGUCGCGCUCUUGCUUGUACAAAUGCUCUCAAAUGGCUUUCUCUCACUCUUUUUCUAAUAAACUUUAAUCUGUCAAGUCUCAA